ACAAGCAAUAUGCUGAUUCGUUGCUUCUAUCUUUGAGCAUGGACCAUUCAGUUUCUGGGUAAUCAAUGAGAGUUCACUUUGACGUUACUUCACUGACUUCUUCGCUUUUCUGUUUCUAUUGAGUAUUUUUUCUACGGAUCAUGGAAACGGAGUCUGGACUCAAUACCUCAGGGGAGGCCGUUCCCUAUGGAGGAAAGAGUGCCUUUACACAAUUUGAGCACAACAUAGUGGCUGGAUAUCUUAUUACUGCAGGUGUCGUCAGUUUAGCCAGUAAUAUUGUGGUGCUGCUGAUGUUUGUGAAGUUUAAAGAACUGCGCAAUGCCACCAACGCCAUCAUCAUUAACCUAGCAUUUACUGAUGUUGGUGUGGCUGGCAUUGGAUACCCUAUGUCUGCAGCAUCUGACCUCCAUGGCAGCUGGAAAUUUGGUUACACAGGUUGUCAGAUCUAUGCAGCCCUCAACAUAUUUUUUGGGAUGGCUAGUAUUGGACUAUUGACUGUGGUGGCCAUUGAUCGCUACCUAUCCAUCUGCAGACCUGACAUAGGGCAGAAAAUGACCACCCGAUCAUACACUCUCCUCAUCUUGGCGGCAUGGUUGAAUGCUGUCUUCUGGUCAGCCAUGCCAAUCGUUGGCUGGGCAGGCUAUGCCCCCGACCCUACUGGAGCCACUUGCACCAUCAAUUGGAGAAACAAUGAUGCCUCAUUCAUCUCUUACACCAUGGCUGUGAUCUGUGUGAACUUCAUCAUCCCCCUGUCAGUCAUGUUCUAUUGCUACUACAGUGUGUCUGUCACUAUGAAAAGGUACAAAGCCAGCAACUGCUUAGAUACCAUCAACAUGGACUGGUCAGAUCAGAUGGAUGUGACAAAGAUGUCGAUAGUGAUGAUCGUAAUGUUCCUCGUGGCGUGGUCACCAUACUCCAUUGUGUGCCUCUGGGCAUCUUUCGGAGACCCAAAAAAGAUACCAGCACCCAUGGCCAUCAUUGCUCCUCUCUUCGCUAAAUCCUCUACGUUUUAUAAUCCAUGCAUCUAUGUCAUCGCCAACAAAAAGUUCAGAAGGGCCAUCACAGGAAUGCUCCGGUGUCAAACCAGGCAAAGAAUCACAAUCAACAAUCAAGUCCCUAUGACAAUAUCCCAGCUCCCUUUGACCCAAUGAUGAAAGAUUAUUUCAACUGGAGACAUUGUGCCCCAUAUAUAUAAGAAUUUGUUCUUAAUGAUCUUGCCUGGGUAAAUAAAGGUGAAAUAAAAAAUAAAAUAUAUAUAUUGAUGCCAUUGAUAGACAAACCCAGAACAAUUACUGAGGACAGGAGCAGUGUUACUAUAGGUCGAAAGUAUAUAACUCUUUUAAUCUUUUCCUUCAUGAGAACUGAUGUGAAACGACCUUGACAGUACCUACAAAAUAUUAGGUACCACCUUUCCAUGUUUUAAAGU